AAUCGAAGCGCUGGAAGUCGCAAUGCAUCCAUCUGUUACCGUCCGUUAAAUAUAGCGGGUUGUAACAUUUGCCCAGUUGGUUCCGUCGCUGCAGCACCGUUCGUUCGUUAGAAAAGUGCGGCGCUACGUCUAAUUGAAGAUGCGGGCUGAUGAAUUAUUUACUUAGAUUUUUAUUUACGAAGAAAUCUUGCCCAGGACGAAAAAGAAACUUGGGCUAAUCCUGGUCACAUUUUGCCACGGUAACAAUGGGCCGUUUGGACCCAUCUAACAACACAGAGGGGGUGAUUCCUGCCAGAAGGGACUACACUUACAGGGACCAGGAGAGUCUGGGUAAUGACGACAUGGACAUCCAUAGACCAGGCUUUACGACGGACAUCACCAAGAACUUCAGUGUCCAGAUCACCCUCAUUGCCGCAUACUCCCUCAUCAUUCUGCUGGGGCUUCUUGGGAACUCCUUGGUUAUCUACAUGAUCAUCCGCUACAGGAACAUGCGCACUGUCACCAACUUCUUCAUUGCCAACCUGGCCCUGGCUGACCUAAUGGUGGACAGUCUCUGUCUGCCCUUCACCCUGGUCUACACUUUGCUAGAUGAAUGGAAGUUUGGUGCAGUUCUCUGCCACCUGGUACCCUACGCGCAGGCCCUCAGCGUCCACGUCUCCAUCCUCACGCUCACCAUCAUCGCCCUGGAACGUCACCGCUGCAUCGUCUUCCACCUGGACCAGCGGCUCUCCCGACCUGCUAGCUUCGGCAUCAUCACCCUGACCUGGGUGGUGGCGGCCGUACUGGCGGCUCCGCUGGCUAUUUUCCGGGAAUACCGCUACGUUGAGAUUGCCCCCAUCGAUUUGCGCAUCGCCGUCUGCUCUGAGAAAUGGCCCAACGGCACCAACCGGGAUGGCAUCAUCUACAGCUUCUCCAUGUUACUCCUGCAGUACGUGCUGCCUCUGGGCAUCAUAAGCUACGCCUACACGCGCAUUUGGCUCAAGCUCAAGAACCACGUCAGCCCCUGUAACCGGAGUGACACCCUCCAGCGGCGUAAAAACACCACCAAGAUGCUUGCGCUGGUCGUGGUGGUCUUUGCCGUCUGUUGGCUGCCCUUCCACAUCUUCCAACUGGCCAGUGAUCUGGACCUGGUCCUCAAAUUUAAAGAAUACAAGCUCCUCUACACCCUUUUCCACAUUAUUGCCAUGUGCUCCACCUUCACCAACCCCCUCCUGUACGGCUGGAUGAACAAGAACUACAGAAAUGGCUUCUUGAUGUUUUUCCGCUGUGAGCACAAACCCGAGACCAUUCGCCCCGAGGGCUCUUUCAAGACAAGGUCUCAACGGGCUUUGACCCAGUGCAGACAGACUGGUGAGCACCCCCCAGCUGCCGUGUAAUGUAAAUGCCAACAGCUUACCUGGGUGCGUAACACUAAAUAUGUGCACCCAUCUUUGAUGAUGCUUGUAAGUUGCCAUCAUUAUGUGAAUUCAGAUGCUACAUGCAAUCCUGUACAGCAACUAACAAUGUACUUAAGAUUUUCAGUUUUGAUUUGUAAGGGUAAUGAUAACUCAUGGCAACACUACUGUGUAUCUUUAACUCCUAGAAUGAGGCACAAAUAAACUAGAAACUUGUUUGCCUUAUAUUUUUGGCUUUUUAUGUUGAAAAAAAAUGCGAUCUUCAAUUCUGUGCCUUCUCUUCCUCAGAUGCUCUAAAUACCUCUACUUUUAAUCAUUUACGGGAUGCUAGUUUUUUUUUUGUUAGAAAAGGGGUUAGAUAACAUAUCGGAAAAAAAGAAACUGUAUGUUUACAUAACGAUUAGAAGAAUAACAGUUUUAAAAUUGUCAUCCCUUGCAUACAGCUCCAGCAUCCAAAUCUCUUUUUCCCUGAAGGGCUGUUGUCUGUGGUUAAAAUGAGGAUUUGAUGAUUGACUAAUUUUUUUUAAUAGUUGCUAUAUCCUGUGGAAAAAAUGUCUAAUGAGCGUAUUAGACGUGAAAGAAAUUUUGCAUUAGAUGGAUGUAUUUUUGGGGGAAGUGUGGGGGCUCAGUGACUGUCACUCCAGGGGUGUGGGUUCAGAUGCCUCCUUUGGGUGUGUUUCUGGAACCUGCUCGCUUGUUCUUUCCGUUUCACGCCGGCUUUUCUCCAUCGUUACAUGAAGUGGUGUCUCUAAUUUGCUUGUUACGUGUGACUGCAUUAGCGAUGCAUUGGGCUUCCCGUCUGGCGUGUAGCCCAGCACUGUACCCUGUUCUGCUUGGCACAGGCUUCGGACCCCAGGUCGGGAUAAGUAACUGGAAUAUGGAUGAGUCAUGGAUAUUACUGCAAAAACGUCAAGAAUGCUCAAUUAUAAUUAUUCUUGCAGAUGUAUCAUUUUUUUCCACUGGGGAUCGAUAAAAAAAAA